AUGGAGGGCGGCCUAGGACGUGUAGUUUGCGUGCUGACCGGGGCCUCCCGCGGCUUCGGCCGGGCUCUGGCCCCGCUCUUGGCCCCGCUGCUGUCUCCUGGCUCGGUGAUGGUCAUAAGCGCCCGCAACGAUGAGGCGCUGCAGCAGUUGGAGGCAGAGUUGGACUCUAGGCGGCCUGGCCUGCGCAUUUUGCGAGUGUCCGCCGACCUGGGCACCGAGGCAGGCUUGCAACACCUGCUCGAUGCCGUACGCGAGCUACCCAAGCCCGAGGGACUGCAGCGACUGCUGCUCAUCAACAAUGCAGGCACUCUUGGGGAUGUGUCCAAAGGCUUCGUGGACCUGUGUGACCCAGCUGAAAUGAGCAACUACUGGGCUCUGAACUUGACCUCCAUGCUCUGUCUGACCUCCAGCAUCCUGAAGGCCUUCCCUGAGAGUCCUGGCCUCCGCAGGACCGUAGUUAACAUCUCAUCCCUCUGUGCACUGCAGCCCUUCAAGGGCUGGACAUUGUACUGUGCAGGGAAGGCCGCCCGUGACAUGAUGUUCCAGGUCCUGGCCACAGAAGAGCCCAGUGUGAGAGUGCUGAGCUAUGCCCCAGGUCCCUUGGACACAGACAUGCAACAGUUGGCUCGAGAGACCUCUGGGGACCCAGAGUUACGAGAAAGGCUGCAAGAACUGAAGACAAAGGGGGAGCUGGUGGACUGUGGAAUGUCGGCACAGAAACUGCUAAGCUUGCUGCAAAAGGACACGUUUACAUCUGGAGCCCAUGUGGACUUCUAUGAUAUAUAA